GUGUGUGUGUGCGUGAGUGGUGUCCUGUGCACGUUGUGGGUGGCAGUUGGGAAAUAAUUAAAGCGAAACUGUGCAAACGGUAAUUUCAACACGUGAUCCAAUUCUACCCAGGAAGUGCAGAUGUUCGCGUCUAGUAGGAGUCUACCACGGUUCCUAUGGCUGUUUCCAGUCAUACUGCUAAUCGUUGGGACUCCACCAGCAGCUCAUGGACACGGUCGUAUGAUGGAACCACCAGCUCGUAACGCGAUGUGGCGGUUUGGCUUCCCUAACCCGGUCAACUACAACGACAACGAGCUGUUCUGCGGUGGGUACGCUGUUCAGUGGGAGCAGAACCAGGGCAACUGCGGUGUGUGUGGCGAUGCGUACCACCUGCGGUCACCACGGCCUCAUGAGGCGGGUGGAGAGUAUGGGAAGGGUAUCGUGUCCCGCCGGUACGUCGCCGGUCAAGAGCUUGAGGUAGAGAUCGAGCUGACGGCGAAUCAUAUGGGCAGGUUCGAGUUAUAUCUCUGCCCAAACAACAACCCACGGGCGGAGGCAACUCAGGACUGCUUCGAUCGCUAUCCCCUGUACCUGUCCGGGACCCGUGAAGUUAGGUUCUUCAUUCCACCUGACGCGAAGAAGAAGGACGUGUUUCGGUAUCGCGUCCAGCUACCCCUAUACGUCAGCUGUACCCAGUGUGUGCUGCAGUGGACGUACUUCACCGGUAAUAUGUGGGGUCGUUGCGAUAACGGCACUGAAUCUGUUGGAUGCGGUAGACCAGAAACCUUCCGGAACUGUGCGGACAUCAGCAUCGUGUCGAACACCGGUGGAGGCCGGCCACCAUUAUUCGUCGGCAACAAUAACCCAUUCCUGCUGUACUACCGAGACUACCGUGACCCGAAACCGGACAAUGUCUACCCGCUCAUCAUCCGCGACCAGGUGUGCCUGCCAACCGCGACCUACCGCAGCUUCAUCGGCAUGGAGGAGUGGUGCCAAAGCAACUGCCUGCGCUAUCCACCCAACUGUCCGGAGACGGUGUGUCACUGCCCGCAAACGUGCGAAGCGAUAGGCGAACUGCGAGGCCGCGAGGGUGCUGACGUCUACUGUCUGGACCAGUGCCUCAACUUCAAGUCCGACUGCCCAGCCGACAGAUGUCGCUGCUACUGACUGCGCCAUUUUUGUUGGUGGAGCGCGCGCGCGUGCGUUGUCACGUUCCCGUGCCUGCCGGUGUGUCUGUGCCUUGUUUGGUGUGUAUGUGCGUGUAUGUAUGUGUGUGUGCUGUGUCUUGCGAGUGCGACAAACGAUGGAAGGACCCGCAUGGAGCCGCAUCAGGGACGCAGGUGGAAUAUACGCUCUGGAAACCGGCGAAGGGAUGCGGGAAAAACCUCCACUGGAUGUAGCGAGUGUGAGUGCGAAUGUGUGUGUGUGCGUGUAUGCGUGUAUUUUUGUAGGUGGUCAUUUUCAAAGGCAUUUUCUCCAUACGCAAAUGCUUGCUUCUCUCGAAAUGUGUCUGCCGUUCUCCGACCUGCUCAGUAACGAAGAAAGGAUAACGAUGGAAGGAUAACGAAGGAAGGAUAACGAUGGAAUGCUCUCUGAGCUGCUCCUGCACUACCACGAACCGGUAGAGAACGUUCACUGUGCGGGUAACGUCCCCCUUUGCACAUCUACUUGCACUUCAUCUGAAAAUCAGCGAAAGUUUCAACACAGUUUGUUCCAAAAAUAACGCAUCACACGAGCCCCAUCUGUCACCUGUUCUGGCAGAUCUGUGCCACACCUGUGUACUGUUCCUUUCUAUGAGACCUCUCUUUUUUCGCUCUUGCACCUGUACAGCGUGGCGCUCUCUCCAGCUGCUAGAGGAGGAUGCGAGUGUUGUUGACGUUUCGUUUGGUGUACGAAGAGAAAAGUCAGAGACAGGUGCUGUAAUCGGUAAAUAAAAACAAACUUCCUAGAAAGCGUAGCGAGACAGCGAAAACUCGAAGGAGCUGAGCGAUAGAGAGAGUCUAGCCCACAAGCAUUUGUAACAGUUGUAAAGCCGCGUUACA